CGGAGGACGAAGGCCACCUGGUGGAGGAGGAAGCUGAAAGGGAGGCAGGAAGGGAUAACUCCUCCAGGCCAGCCGUGGAGUUAACCGAAGCCCUACCUCAGGUGCUGCAGGGGCGUCAAGUAGUGCGCAAGCGAAAGGCGCAAGAAGUCGAAUCUUCCAGUCUUCCCGCUUCUUCACCCAGGACCGAGCCCGAAGAGAUGGGAACAGGUCCAUCCGCCAUCGCGGCCGUUACCAUUGCCAUGGCGGGGACCACACCAUCAGCUGAGCAAACCCCGCCGCCGGCAACGGAAACUCCACGGCGGGCCUUGCGGGUGAAAAAGGACGUCAAAAAGAAGUCUAAACUGGCCGCAAGCGCGGUGCAGCUCCAGCUGGAACUGGCCACGACUACCUCAGCCCCCGAGUCGUCAACCCGAGCUGAGUCGUCCGGUGCGGGGCCAGCCACAGCCGCUCCAGCCCCCGAGCCAUCGGCGCCUGGUGAGUCAGCGCCCAUGGAGCCAGCCCCCAAGGCGGACGCGAUGCUGCCCGACUUGUCGCCUCCUGGACUCCAACAAGGCGAAGCCGAAACCGGUGGCGGGGCACAAGUCGAGGCCCCUGACGCCGCGCCUAUGGAUGGCGCAGGUGCCCAGCAGCCAGCACCUGAAGAAGCCGCCGGGACGUCAAGGAGUCCUGGUGAGAUACUGAAGGCCGGGCCCGGGUACAAAAAUGUCAUCAACACCGACUUGCAUGUGAUCACUCACUCCCAGAAGAAAUCAGAGAAGCUGAGCGCGGUUGUGAGUGGUCACCAAGAGCUGGCUGCUCUGGACAAGCGCAUCUGCGACGAGCAGACGAAGAACUGCUAUCUAAAGAGGGAGCUUGAUAUGCUGAAACAGGAGAGAACUCGAGAGACUUGGCUGCUCAAGAACGACCUGCAAAACCUCGAGAAGGCAAACUACGAGCUCCAAAAACAGCUCAAGGAAAAACAGGCGGCGCACCAAGAGCAGCUCAAGGAGCAAAAGAAAGCGCACCAAGGUAAGCCCUCGCUCCCUCGGCAUGUGAUCACUCACUCCCAGAAGAAAUCAGAGAAGCUGAGCGCGGUUGUGAGUGGUCACCAAGAGCUGGCUGCUCUGGACAAGCGCAUCUGCGACGAGCAGACGAAGAACUGCUAUCUAAAGAGGGAGCUUGAUAUGCUGAAACAGGAGAGAACUCGAGAGACUUGGCUGCUCAAGAACGACCUGCAAAACCUCGAGAAGGCAAACUACGAGCUCCAAAAACAGCUCAAGGAACAACAGGCGGCGCACCAAGAGCAGCUCAAGGAGCAAAAGAAAGCGCACCAAGAUUACGUCGAGAGGCUGCAGAAGGUAGUCGCCGACACUGAGGAACAAUUCGCCGACUGCCUUCGACAAAUCAAGACGCUAGGCGAGGAAAAGAGACGGCGGGAGAAGGAAUUGGAAAUUUUCAAGGAAGCCGCCCUGGAACUGGUGGACAUGGCUUAA